AUGCAGCGGGAAAGACCAAGCUCUGAUGAGCCUAGACAACUGCUGCCAAUUAAAGUAUCCAGGUCUCUGGAGCAGGCACUGGAGAAACUGAACCUGUCCUCCAAGGACGAGUCACCUGAGGGCAGUUGCACAGGGGAGGCGGCUGCCCAGGUGAGAGCUGGCAGCACCUGCAAGAAUGCAGGCUGCAAGGCGAUCUACCAGGGCCCAGAGAGCAACACAGAGGUUUGUGUUUUCCAUCCUGGCAUUCCUGUCUUCCACGAGGGGAUGAAGUACUGGAGCUGCUGCAAAUUCAAAACGACGGACUUCAGCACCUUCCUGGAACAGCCGGGCUGCAGAACUGGGAAGCACUGCUGGACAGGGAAGGGGGACAAGAAGGCGGUGUCAAGCCGGCAGGACUGGCACCAAACCAAUAGCCAGGUGGUGGUGACUGUCUAUGCCAAGAACCCCCUGCCUGCCCUCAGCAGCGUGAAAGCCAACCGCACUGUGCUUGAGGUUCAUGUCAUCUUUGAAGGGAAUAAGAUUUUCCAGACAGAACUAGAUCUCUGGGGGGUAAGAUCCUGUUUACUUUGAUUUCUGUGUGCCAAUAGUCUCUGUGGGGCUGGGCUGCAAUGUUGUGAGGCAGCCUGUGCUUGCUUUUGCUCCUGGGCCAGGUCACCCAGGUACCAGCAUUUAUAGCCAUCUCUGCUAGGAAAUGCCUUAGGGCUUGUGAGGAGGGCUGUUUCGGAGGCUGCUGGUGGCUGCACCAAUCGAUCCUGCACCAAGAACAGAGCUGUACGUUGCUGCUGGGUCCGUAGGUGUGCUGGGUUUGGUCCCAAACUGCCCCAAAGGGUCUUUGGCCCAGCAGGUCCCUCUCCCCUACUGCAGUCCUGCUGUGCCUGCAGGCAGGCGGUGGUGUGAGGGGGAGACACAAGCUCUCUUGA